AUGAACCAACACCUCGCAGUUCCACUGAGCUGCGCGGCCUUGGCCAUCGCAGCACUUACCACAGUUGCUGCCUUGACAUCUGUGUUUCGCCAACUGCGAAGCGGCAAGCCCAAAGACCGCUUCUAUGAAGAUGCCGAUGGUUGUGCAACGCCGAAGUCUCUGGCAGACUUUUCAACAAAAGGCACCAAAGCUAUCAUUUUACUCUUUUCGGCGUUUGGGGCAGGAUCAUUAGCUGCCAGCCUGGUUCUCUCAUCCCUUCACAGUGGUGAUGAUGAGUUGAUCUUGGAGAAUGCUUUACGCACAGCCACUUGGGGGCUUUUCGUCAUUCAUGCUUCCUGCCUGGCAGUACAUCAUGCUCCAGUCAAGUCCCACAGCGUAGCCUCAUGGCUUGCUGGAUCUGCCUGCUGUAUUGCUGCUGCUUCUGUGCCUCGUCUGACAUAUAUGGCUACACACACCAAGCAAUACAAGAACGUGGGAUCGCUGUUAUGGAUGAUAAGUACUAUUGCAGCUGUGGGACUGGCCCUUUCUUGCGGCAUGCUUCCCCGGAGACCACAUGUGUCUUACGAUAACCGCAAGGUUGAUGCCCAAUGGACUGUUUCUACACUCAGCCGAUUCACAUGGACAUGGGUGCAGCCGCUUCUCCAGCACGCUUCCCUCCACAACGACAUUAACCUCGAGGAUGUCCCUCAGCCAGAUUCGAGGAUGAGGUCCCAGGUGCUGAAGAGUGACUGGGACAGGCUCGACAAGACAUCUUCGCUCAUGAAGUCUCUGUUCGGUGCCUAUAAGGGGAAGCUGGCCAUUCUGUGGGCAGUAACUCUUGUCCGAUGUGCUGUUAGCAUUGGGCCUUUUUGGUUCAUGCUCCGAACUCUAAACAUUCUUGAGCACCAGGUCAUAGGAUCACACAAUAUGGAGCUGAUGGCUCUCAUUUUGGGAAUGUCUAUAUCCAACCUUCUUGACUCUUGGAUGGAAGGGUGGGCCUAUUGGUUCUCUCUGUCGGAUCUGGCUUUGCCAGUCCGUACACAGAUAUCAGGUCUCAUCUUCGACAAGGCACUGCGGCGGAAGAACAUCAGGUCUGUCACACAGGAGGAUCAUGAUUCUGAGGAAGAAGACAGCCCAUCUUCAGAAGAUGCGGGCGCCCUGAAGUCUCACCAGAGCAUUGUGAACCUCGUGGGUGUUGAUACAGAACGUAUCUUCUACUUCGUCCAGUACCACUUCUUGAUACUCGCCGGAAUGGUCAAGCUCGUCAUUUUCUCCGCAUUCCUUCUGAAACUCCUGGGAUGGAUUCCCUUCCUCGCAGGAAUCCUAGCUUGGGCUUCUACACUGCCCGCCAACACAUGGUUCUCGAAAAGGGUCCUUGCUGAAUCUAGAUCCUUGAUGAAGCUCCGGGAUACCAAACUUUCCAGGAUCAGCGAAGUACUUCUCGGGAUGCGCCAGAUCAAGUUUGGUGCAAUGGAGUCUCAGUGGGAGCAACGUAUUCUUGCGCUGAGAGAGACUGAGUUAAAAACCUUGUGGAAGUUCUUUCUUGCGGAUAGCGGGCUCUUUGCCUGCUGGGUCAUCAGCCCAAUUCUCUUGGCUGUUGCUUUACUCUCCGCUUACGUUCUGAUCCAUGGCUCGCUACUACCCUCGGUUGCUUUCGUUAGCAUUGGAAUCUUCAACACUCUCGAGACAACCUUGGGAUCACUACCUGAGUUGUUCACUUUGGGUCUCGACUCUCUGGUCUCACUUAGGAGAAUCGAUGCUUACUUGCACGAGCCAGAGAGGCAAUGCAACCUGGCUGACGGCUCUUCCAUCAGCUUCGAAGGGGCAUCUAUCUCUUGGCCGAUUGAGGACAUGGCAGGCGAGGAUGAAACCUUUGUCAUGCAUGACCUUGAUUUCACCCUCCCCAACGGCGCCCUCUCGGUUAUCUCUGGAAAGGUUGGCGCUGGAAAGACUCUUCUUCUAUCUGCAAUACUGGGUGAGGCGGAGCUGCUCAACGGUACAAUCCGUGUGCCCAAGGCGCAAUACGCAUACCCUGACAAGUGGAUCAUCCCCGGAUCGAUUGCAUACGUCAGCCAAACAGCUUGGCUUGAGAACGACUCUUUGCGGAACAACAUUCUUUUUGGCCUUCCUUUUGAGAAGGCUAGGUAUGACACAGUCAUCAAAGUGUGUGCCCUGGAAGCAGACCUCGCUGUUCUCACAGAUGGAGAUAACACGGAACUGGGCGCGAAUGGAGUCAACUUGAGUGGUGGCCAGAAAUGGCGCGUUGCCCUAGCACGUGCUGUGUACUCACAGGCUGAAAUAUUGAUCAUGGAAGACAUUUUCAGUGCUGUUGACGCACAUGUCGGUGCCUGGAUCUUUGAGAACUGUCUCACGGGAGAUAUCUGCCAAGGGCGCACUCGCAUCCUUGUCACACACCACUUGGGAUUAGUCCUCCCGGCAGCUAGCUUCGUGGUUGAGCUUUCCGACGGCAUAGUGACCUAUUCUGGUCCUCCAAAGGGCUCAGUUUGUUCUGCACACUCAUGCCACAGCCAGUCUACCUCCAGUGGGGAGGUCACGGAGGAUCACUUGGACGUGCGGCCCAUGAGCAGAGCUGAUGACCAGCAUCCAGAGUCGAAUGCGCCCACACCAAAGAAAUUCAUGCAAGAAGAGACUCGUGAGAGGGGCACAGUCAAGGGCAGUGUUUACCUGACAUACGUCAAGAGUAGCGGUGGCGUGCUCCUCUGGGCCGCCUGCGUUGGAGUAUACCUUGCCUACCAAGGGGGCGUUAUUGGUCGCGCUUGGUGGCUGCGCAUUUGGACAGGGCAGGCUGACGCCGAAGCUCCCAGCGGGAACUUCCACGGCCAGAGCAUCUACAACGCGGUUGUAUCGACGCACCAGGUUUUGUCACAACCAUCCACGCAGGUUGCUCUUCAAGGUGACGUUUUCUUCUAUCUCAAAGUCUAUGUUGCCAUCUCUAUGGGGACCGUCAUCAUCGGUAUCCUGCGAUAUAUCUCAUCCUACUUCCUGGCCGUUCGAGCAAGCAGGUCCAUCUUUCGGCAGAUGCUCUUCAAGGUCAUGCGUGUCCCGAUGAUGUGGCUGGACACUGUCCCUACCGGACGUGUCUUGAACCGAUUUACUGCCGACUUCAACAUCAUUGAUGAGCGAAUCACAAUGACCUGGAGCAUGUUCUUCUCCAGCUUGCUUCGAUUGCUUGGCAUUUGCAUCGCGUCCUGCUUCGCAUCAGCGUACCUCGUCCCUCCUGCGAUUCUACUCCUCGGUCUCAGCAUAGUCGUUGGUCGUAAAUACCUUGUCGCAAGUCGGCCCCUCAAACGCCUGGAGAGCAAUGCCAAGUCUCCCAUUUUCGAGCUCUUCAAUACUACCUUGGCGGGCAUAUCAACAAUCCGCGCCUUCCGAAGGACUCACACCUAUCUCCUUCAAAUGCAUAGGAAUCUCGAUGCUUGGGUAAUGACGAGCUUCUACAUCGCCCUUGCCAAUCGGUGGAUGAGUUUCCGUAUGGCUCUGAUCGCAGCGCUUUUUAGCAUUGCCGUGGGGACUGUUAUCAUCGUGAAACCGAUUGACGCAGCCUUGGCUGGACUGGCUUUAUCCUUCAUCCUGGACUUUUCCGAGAGUCUCCGCUGGACGAUACGAUGCUACGGCGAUAUGGAGCUGGGUAUGAACUCGAUGGAGCGUGUGCUUGAGUAUAUGACUCUAGAGACGGAGCCACAGGAUGGAGAGAAGCCAGCAGCAGCAUGGCCAACCUCAGGCGCUAUUGAGAUGAAGGACUUAGAGGUUGUUUAUGCCCCAGACCUACCUCCCGUUCUCAAGGGCCUUUCCCUGCGAAUUGGCAGUCAUGAGCGUGUUGGCGUCGUUGGUCGUACCGGAGCAGGCAAGUCAUCAUUGACAUUGGCCUUGUUCCGGUUUCUAGAGGCACGUUCAGGCAGUAUUAGUAUCGAUGGGGUCGAUAUUUCCAAGAUCCCAUUGAGCGACCUGAGGUCAAGGCUAUCAAUCAUCCCACAGCAUCCUGUACUUUUUUCGGGGACCAUUAGAUCAAAUCUGGAUCCCUUUGGCCAACUAACGGAUGUCCAACUUUACGAGUCUUUGGCUCGAGUCGGGCUGAUCGAGCCCACCACUGGCGAUGACAUGAGCAACUCAAGCCUAGCUUCAUCAAACAACACCAACAUCUUCCGCGACCUAUCAACUCCCGUUUCAGAAUCCGGAGGAAAUCUGUCCCAGGGCCAGCAGCAACUGCUCUGCAUUGCACGUUCACUGCUUGCAAACUCCAAGAUCGUCGUUCUCGAUGAGGCUACUUCGGCAAUUGAUGUAGCAACAGACACACUCAUCCAGCGUAAUAUCCGCGAGUGGUUUACUGACAGGACCCUGGUUGUUAUCGCUCACAGGCUCAGCACUGUUGCAGAUUUCGACAGAAUUAUCGUUCUCGAAAACGGUGUCCUGGUCGAGAACGGAAGUCCGCGCGAACUUUGGGAGAGAGACGGUACCUUUCGCAGCAUGUGUGACAGCACUGGCCCGAGUGAGAGCGAGAGGUUGAGAAAGGUCAUCAUGGACUAG